CUCUGUCUCUCUCCCUGCAGAUUUUUAUCCAUUUUAAACCCUAAUCUUACGUUGAUGGAAAGGCCAUGACUUUGUAGCGAUUCUGUUCCCUGUUUACUUCUUUCCGGCAAUGAAGCUUAUUGUUUUCAGAGUUUCUUCCUCUCAGUCACAGUUCAGAGCUUCUUCGCUUUGCUUCGUCAAUGGAGGAUCCUCCUCCAUUCUGAGACCGACCUCUUCUCUCUUUUCGCCCCCUACAGCCAUCGCCUUCAACUCUAGGGCUUUCUCAGUGUGUGGCUUUUGUAGGAUGAUUCACCAGAACAAAAUGGCUACGAACAGCACGGGGAUCCUUGCAAUGUGCAAGUCCUGCGCCACUAGAUUCUACGGAACCCACCAAAAAUCCAUCGCAGUUACGAGGAAAUAUCGUGGUAGAAGUUUGAGAACCGUAUCCACAUGCACUUCAGAAUUGAUCUCCCACACUAACUCUCUCAUAGCGUCAUCGCUUGUGUUGGCUUCAAAUCUCACUCAAUCCGACACUCCCCAACGCUCGGAGGAGUGGUUUGCGCUUCGCAGGGACAAGCUAACCACGAGCACAUUCAGCACUGCCUUGGGAUUUUGGAAAGGAAACCGCCGAUUUGAGCUCUGGCAUGAGAAGGUAUUUACACCAGAGACGAGCCCAGCUGCCGAAGGUGCUAAAAAAUUCGCCAUGGAUUGGGGCGUUCUCAAUGAAGCAGCGGCAAUAGACCAGUACAAAAGCAUUACCGGUCGUGAAGUUAACUCACUUGGGUUCGCGAUUCAUGCUGAGGAACGGUUUGGUUGGCUCGGUGCCUCUCCUGAUGGUCUGCUCAGUUGCUUGCAAGAGGGUGGUGGGAUUUUGGAAGUGAAGUGUCCAUAUAACAAGGGGAAACCUGAGAUGGGUCUUCCUUGGACUAAAAUGCCUUUUUAUUACAUGCCUCAGGUUCAGGGUCAAAUGGAGAUAAUGGACAGAGAUUGGCUUGACUUGUAUUGUUGGACACCAAAUGGGAGUACCAUAUUUCGUGUGUGUCGGGAUCGUAGCUACUGGCAGUUGAUGCACGGGAUUUUGCGUGAGUUUUGGUGGGAAAAUGUUGUUCCUGCUAGGGAGGCCUUGUCGCUGGGGAGGGAAGAAGAAGCCAAGUCUUAUAAGCCGACUUCUACCCACAAACUGACAGGGGUUGCCACUUUCAAAAGCAUCAAGUUAGCGGGUGAGGCAAAGUUGUUGUGUAGGGAGAUAGCCGGUCAUGUUGAAUUUUAUGGAUCAUAAUGGCCCCAAGUGAAAAUGUGGGUCAAUUCAUCCCAUGUUGUGACCCUUCCUUUUGAUUAAUUAUCAAUUGGUUUAUAUAGGAAUCUCAAUCUUCUUUUCUCAUUCAUGGAGGAUUUCACAAUGUUACUUUG